GCAGCCUUCGCUUUCGUUUUCCUCUCUCGUCUCAACGGAUAAGAAAGUUGACGAAAACACACCACCGUAUAUCGAUGGGAAGAUAAGCUUCUUUCUCGCACCCGCACUCUCUGUCUCUCUCUCUCUCUCAAACUUCAGAACAACAACAACAACGCAGCGAGACACUCGUUUCUCAGUCCCAUGGUACCCCUCCUCUCCUUUGAAACCCCGAGAGUCCCUCUCUUUUUUCUCAACCCCACCCCACAUCGCCUUACACAAUUUACUCGCUCAAAAACCCCACUACGCCGAACCCACUACCCCAUUACCUCAAUCUCCCAAGACCCUUAUCGCCUCCCCAACCAGAACCCUCCAAACCCACCUAAGUCCCAGCCCAGAACUCUCUUCCCCGGCGGCUUCAAGCGCCCCGAGAUCAGAGUCCCCUGUCUCGUCCUUCAGUUGGAUCCAGACGACGUCAUUGGUCGACAGGAUGCCUUGGAUUUGAUCGACAAGGCCGUUGCCAAGUGGGUUCGGAUUGUUUUGCUCAAUGGCGGUGAAGGAAGUGGUGCUGGGAGGGUUUACGAGGCCGCUUGUUUGUUGAAAUCGAUUGUUCGGGACCGCGCAUAUUUGUUAAUCGCGGAGCGAGUAGAUGUCGCUGCAGCCGUUGGAGCUAGUGGGGUUGUACUCUCUGAUCAAGGUCUUCCUGCCAUUGUGGCCAGAAACACAAUGAUCGAUUCCAAGUCUGAAUCGGUUGUUCUUCCUUUGGUAGCUAGGAAAGUGCAAACUGCAAAUGCUGCUUUAAAUGCGUCUUUUUCUGAAGGUGCUGAUUUUCUUAUAUAUGACAUUGGUGGAGAGAAACAUGUUGAUAUGGCAGAGAACUCUGUAUUUGAGAAUGUGAAGAUACCAAUUUUUGUCAUCUUUUCUUCCCAUGGAGAGGAUGCAUUAUUGAAUGAGGCAUCGGAUAUACUCAAAUUGGGUGCUAGUGGUUUCGUGAUCCCUUUGGAAGGUUUGGGGUUGUUUGAGGAUGAUGUUUUGAGGAAAUUGUUUAACAAUGCAUACAUGAAUAAAAGAAUGCAGGAUGAAGUUGAAAGCUCUAUUAAGUUCAAAUUAUUGAAUGUGGAUAAUGGUGGUUAUGGGGAAAAAAGAGUAGCUGGAUUUAUUAAAUUGGAAGAUAGAGAAAAACAGUUCAUAGAAACAGAGAGAACAGUUUUGCUCAAAGCAAUAAAUGUUAUCCAGAAAGCUGCUCCUCUGAUGGAGGAGGUUUCACUUCUCAUUGAAGCAGUUUCACAAAUUGAUCAGCCAUUUUUGCUGGUUAUAGUGGGUGAAUUUAACUCUGGCAAGUCAACGGUUAUUAAUGCACUUCUUGGAAGAAGAUAUCUCAAAGAGGGGGUUGUUCCUACAACUAAUGAGAUCACUUUUUUACGCUAUUCUGAGUCGGGUUCUGGUCAUGAACAACAUUGUGAAAGGCAUCCGGAUGGUCAAUAUACAUGCUACCUGCCAGCUCCGAUUCUUAAAGAAAUGGUCGUGGUUGACACACCUGGAACUAAUGUGAUUCUUCAGAGGCAACAACGCCUAACCGAGGAAUUUGUACCCCGUGCAGAUUUGGUUCUUUUUGUUAUAUCUGCUGAUCGUCCUUUAACUGAAAGUGAGGUUGGUUUUCUUCGUUAUACUCAACAAUGGAAGAAAAAAGUUGUGUUUGUCCUGAAUAAGGCUGACCUCUAUCAGACUGCCCAAGAGCUUGAAGAAGCAAUAUCAUUCAUCAAGGAGAAUACUCGGAAAUUGCUAAAUACAGAGGAUGUGACAUUAUAUGCUGUCUCGGCACGAUCUGCUCUUGAAGCAAAACUUUCAUCUUCAUUUGAGACUGAAAAUAACCACGGUGAUUUAUUGGUGUUUGAUUCCCAAUGGGGAAGCAGGAGCUUCUAUGAAUUUGAAAAUUAUUUAUAUAGUUUUUUGGAUGGCUCAACAAAUGCUGGAAUGGAGAGAAUGAAGCUAAAACUUGGAACACCCAUUGGCAUAGUAGAACGGCUACUUUCUGCUUGUGAUACGCUUGUGCGAGAGGACUGCCGGGUUGCCAAGCAAGACUUGGUCUCAGUAAACAAUAGAGUUGCUAGCGUAAAAGAAUAUGCCUCAAAGAUGGAAAGUGAGAGCUUGUCUUGGAGAAGGAAGGCUUUAUCUCUAAUUGAGACUACAAAAUCACGUGUUCUGGAGCUUAUAGAAGCUACUCUUCAACUGUCCAAUCUUGAUCUUGUUGCUUCAUAUGUUUUCAAAGCAGAAAAAUCGGGAACAAUGCCUGCCACAACAAGGUUUCAAAAUGAUCUGAUUGGUCCCGCACUCUCAGAUGCACAAAAACUACUUGGGGAAUAUGUCACGUGGUUACAGUCAAGCAAUGCUCAGGAAGGGAGUCUGUACAAGGAUUCUUUUGAAAAAGAAUGGCCUUCAUAUGUUUAUCCAAACACUCAGGUGCAUUUCGAGACCUAUGAGUUGCUGAAAAAGUUGGAUAGGAUCAGCUUGAGUGUGAUAGAGAACUUCGGUGCUGGUGCUGCUUCCAAGUUGUUUGAGCAAGAAAUCCGCGAAGUGUUCUUAGGGACUUUCGGAGGACUGGGGGCAGCUGGUUUGUCUGCUUCACUUCUGACAUCUGUAUUGCCAACUACUUUGGAGGAUCUUCUCGCUCUUGGCCUUUGUUCCGCUGCCGGGUUAUUAGCAAUUUCAAACUUCCCAGCUCGCAGGCAAGGGAUGAUAGAUAAGGUGAGAAGGGCUGCAGAUGCCUUGGCCAGUGAACUUGACGAGGCCAUGCAGAAGGAUCUAUUGGAAGCUAUCAAUAAUAUGGAAAGCUUUGUGAAAAUCAUUGCCCAGCCCUACCAAGAUGAUGCACAGCAUAGACUAGACAAACUCUCAGAGAUUCAACAAGAAUUGUCGGGAGUUGAGAAAGAAAUUCAGAAACUAAAUAGUGAAAUUCAAAAUCUUCAUGUAUCAUGACAUCAGAAAACUUUGCUGUUAUCUGAGGCUUUCCUUCUUGGUAGUGAAUGCUCCACGAGUUGUUUUGGGUAACAACCAUUUAACAUAACAAUGUAUCGAUAGAGUACCAAUUUUUCAUUUAAUUUGGAGCAUUCAACUCUGAUUCAUUCUUGAGGGAAAUGCUUUAUGCUCUUACAGAUUGAAUGAGGUGUAAUAUGGGCAAUGACCCUUACUCUUAAGCUUUUUAUGUAUUGUCCACAAGCUGAUGCAAACCCAAA